AUGGCGACGAGCUUGCCGUUCCUCAAUGCGACAGGGAUCUCGUUUCCGUCGUCGGGUUUCAUUUGCCGGCGAUCGCACAUUGUUUCGCGACAGGAUCUUCAUGAAUUCUCGUCUAAAGCAGUCUCUUCCCGGCUUAGCUUCUCUCCUGCUUCUCCGUCGUUGUCGCAAUCUCGCAACGGAAGCGGCGAUAGGUUUCUCUCGCCGGAUUCGUCACCGGACGUAUCCUCUCCGAUCCGAUCGGUGACUGUGAGAUCGCAAUUGAGUACGCCUCUCAUUUCUGGUAACGACGAAUGGGGAACUUGGACUGCGCUCUUCGCCACCGGUGCUUUCGGUCUCUGGUCGGAGAAGACGAAGAUCGGAAGCGCGGUGAGUGGUGCGUUGGUCAGCACACUGAUUGGGCUUGCAGCUAGUAAUCUUGGGGUCAUUUCUUCAGAAGCUCCUGCUUUUGCUAUAGUGUUGAACUUCCUGCUCCCAUUAGCCGUUCCUUUGUUGCUAUUUAGAGCUGAUCUUCGCCGUGUGGUUCAGUCCACAGGGAAGCUUCUAUUGGCUUUCGUGAUCGGAUCAGUUGCCACAACAGUGGGUACAGCUCUGGCUUACUAUCUAGUGCCAAUGAGAGCACUUGGUCCAGAUAGUUGGAAGAUUGCAGCUGCUCUCAUGGGGAGGCAUAUUGGUGGAGCCGUUAACUACGUUGCCAUAGCGAAUGCUCUCGGAGUUUCACCGUCAGUUUUAGCUGCUGGACUCGCUGCUGAUAAUGUUAUCUGCGCUGUAUACUUCACGUCGUUGUUUGCUAUAGGCUCCAAAAUACCUGCUGAAGCUUUACCGCCACCAACUAAUGAUGCAGAGACGAACAAAGAUUCUGAAACUAAAAACAAGAUUCCUGUGCUGCUGAUAGCUACUGGAAUUGCUGUGUCCUUAGCUAUAUGCAAGGUCGGGGCUAUGGCAACAAAGCAUUUCGGCAUUUCCGGUGGUAUCUUACCAGCUGUAACCGCCAUUGUUGUUGUUCUGGCAACUGUCUUCCCCUCCCACUUUGGCCGUCUCGCUCCAUCUGGAGAAGCCAUGGCUCUAAUUCUUAUGCAGGUGUUCUUCACUGUGAUAGGCGCGAGCGGGAACAUAUGGAGUGUAAUAAACACGGCGCCGAGCAUAUUCUUGUUUGCGUUGGUCCAAAUUGGGACACAUCUAGCUGUGAUUUUGGGGAUAGGGAAGCUGCUCAACAUCGAGCUAAGGUUGCUUCUUUUGGCAUCAAAUGCUAAUGUCGGAGGACCGACGACUGCAGCGGGGAUGGCGACGGCGAAGGGAUGGAACUCGUUGAUUGUUCCCGGGAUUCUUGCCGGAAUAUUCGGGAUCGCCAUUGCGACUUUCCUAGGGAUUGCGUUUGGAGUGAAAGUCCUCAAGUUCAUGUGA